AUAUUACUAUUUUAGUGAAUGAAACGAUGAUUCAACAUAGACUGCAAACUCCCAAGCAGAGUGAGUCAUCCACAGCAUCUUGUGGUGGUGAGUGACUGUGAUCACUGCUUGGGAAACGAAAACCCACAUCCACUUCCAUAUCUUUAUUUGUUUUUCCUUUUCUUCACUACCAACCAAAAUUAGCAGAAGCCCAGUUGCCUCUUUAUCUUCCUACAAAGAGUGUUAGCUCCUCCUCUAUCCUCCUCCGCAGUCUUGGAAAUCCUACAACAAAAACCAAUCAAGGAGGCGGAAAAGAAGAGAUGGAGGACGGGUCGAAGCAAUGGCGUUUCAAGGCGAGGAAGGAUCUGACCUCUGCUUCGGAUAUCACCAUCAAAGGGAUGCUUAAGAAGCUCAAUGAGGCCAUUGAUUCGACCGACCCAAGGCCAACGAUCCGCCUCGGCUGUGGCGAUCCUUCUGUUUAUCCUUCCUUUCGGACGACCCCAGUAGCUGAAGACGCCAUUGUUGAUGCUGUUCGUUCCGCUAAGUUCAACUGUUAUGCUCCCACUGACGGUAUUCUUCCUGCGAGAAGGACAUGGAACAGGGCGAUAGCUGAAUACCUUUCAAGUAAUCUUCCAUACAAGUUAUCUCCAGAUGAUGUAAAUCUCACCAGCGGUUGCAAACAAGCCAUCGAGGUGAUUCUAUCGGUGCUAGCUCAGCCAAAUGCUAACAUCUUGCUUCCACGACCUGGGUUCCCCUCCUAUGAAGCUCUUGCUGCUUCCAGACAUCUCGAAUUCCGACAUUUUGAUCUUCUUCCCGACGAGGGUUGGGAGAUUGAUCUUGACGCUGUUGAAGCUCUUGCAGAUGAUAAUACCGUUGCCAUGGUUAUCAUCAAUCCUGGAAAUCCCUGUGGGAAUGUCUUCUCUUACCAACACUUGCAGAAGGUUGCUGAGACUGCAAGAAGGCUUGGGAUACUGGUAAUCUCUGAUGAAGUUUAUGAACGUAUCACUUUUGGGGUUAAACCAUUUGUGCCCAUGGGUACGUUUGGAUCUAUAGCUCCGGUCAUUACACUUGGAGCCAUUUCCAAGAGAUGGGUGGUUCCUGGAUGGAGAUUGGGCUGGCUCGUCAUCACUGAUCCUAUUGGCGUUCUUAAAGAAACUAAGAUGGUUGAUAGCAUUAAUAGCUGUCUCAAUAUCUGCUCCGACCCUGUAACUUUCAUUCAGGGAUCAAUUCCUAAAAUCAUUGAGGAUACAAAAGAGGAUUUCUUUAGGAAUAUCAUUGAUAUAUUAAGGCGAUCUUCGGGCAUGUGUUAUGAGAUAUUAAAUGACAUUGAUUGCCUUACUUGUCCACAUAAACCAGAGGGAUCUAUGUUUGCAAUGGUAAAGUUAAAUCUAUCAUCUCUUGAAGAUGUUGUUGAUGAUAUUGACUUUUGCCUCAAGUUGGUUAAAGAAGAAUCUGUGGUUAUUCUACCAGGCAUCACAGUGGGAUUGAAAAAUUGGCUACGCAUAACUUUUGCCAUUGAGCCAUCUUCUCUUGAAGAUGCCCUUGGGAGGAUACAAUCCUUUUGUCAAAGGCAUGCCAAGAAACAGUAACGAAUCACAAUCGUUUGUUCCUCAAUAAAUCUAAUGGUGAUCAUCAACAUGAAGUUGAAUCCCAUGCUUCAUUGUAUUUCUGGUGCUGUUUGUGUAUUUAUUGUUCAAUGAUAACAAUAUAAGUUUUCAUUUAAUCACAACUGUUCUCUACUUGUUCCGACAAUGACUGUUGUAUUAAGUUAGAUUGACAAGCCAUUAGGUAUGUAUACUUGAUUCGAUCAAUCUCCGAGUUGAGUACAAGAUCUACUGAUAAACUUCAACAUGAAUGAAACAGCAUAUAUUGUUGAGACCUUAAACCUCUCUCAGCAUUUUUACAA